GAGAAUACGAGAUUUACAGCAUGUUUGAGCACAACUUUAUUAGGUAAUGGUUAUGGUGUUGGUUAUUGGAUUUAUGGUGAGUUCUUUGCUGCAUCUGUUCAUGAGGAUGCUCACCAAUGAUUCUUCUCCGCUACUCAACUUUGCAUUUUUCUCUGUUGCUGGGUUUCUCAAAAACUCUAAUUUCGAUCCAAAAGGACCUUUCUGUUCUCGAAUACUUACUUGCGCAUGGUUGCUGUUUACAUUUCUUGUGACAGAGCAUUUUGGGGCAAGACUUCGUAGUGUUCUACUACUGACACAUUAUCGUGGAGCUCCCUUUGAAAACCUAGAUGAAGCUAUGGAUGCGAUAGAAUAUCAAUUAGGAUGGAAAAUGUUUUACAAUGAUACAUUUUAUUCGCCUCUAUCCUACUGUUAUGUUGCUCAAUGUACUAGACUGCGUAAACUGUAUAAAAGAUCGCUAGUACUAAAGUACAAUGUGUCGCUAGAAACCGUCGCCGAGAAUGACCAUUACUUUGGAUUUGGAUCAAUGCUAAUGGUCGCAGCUCCACACAAAUGGAAUGUCAUUAAUGAUGCAAAACGCAUUCUUUUUAUAAGAGAUACCGUCAUAUCACCAUUUCACGUUUCGUACGCCGUGAGCAAGGAUAUGUCUGCGUCGCUGAGGCAAAAAUUGAACAUGGCAAUUGCAAAAACUAUAGGCGGAUAUUCCACGCUGCAUAGCCGUUACAGAAGGCCCUACGAUAAAUAUGUUAACAAACACUUUCAACAAAAUGCCAAUGUGUUACUACUAAAUCAACUUGUGGUCCUUUUCCGUUGGACGGGGAAACUGCUUUUGUUUUCACUCGUGUGUUUACUCGGAGAAGUUGCCUACUUCCGUUAUGGUCAGCUGUUGUUACGAUGGUUUCAAAAAGCUCAACAUCGUUUCGGUUUCCGUCCUGCAUUUGAAGAGACUCGAGACAAUAUCGAACUUACACAUUUUUCACAUUUAUCGGCAUAAAAACGUUGC